AGUGUUUGUGAUCAAGCUUCCAAAGAACUUGGAAAUUGAUUGUCGCGACCUUUAAGUAAGUAUCCCAAAACUCUUUACACCAACACCGACGACCCCUCAUCAAACAGCCGAAGAGCUCAAGUGUAACACAUCAAGAAGUCUACAACUUCGUACAACGGUAACAAAAAAUCCGAAUAAAAAAUUCCACAUACUCGGAAUAUUUUAAACACAUUUUGAAAUUAUAAUCCACUUCGUUUCCGCGCACAUUUGUUUCUAAGAAAAUGGCAGACACCGUUGAGCAACAAGUUUCUGUCCCGGCUUUGGACAGCCAGACCCAGGAGGAAGUGAACCUGUUUCUGCGGAAAACGCAGGAAACCGACGUGGAACCGGUUUUGGCUGCUCCCAAGGCCGCCCCCUUCUCUGACAUUGUUGCCUAUCAAAUGCAAAAAUGUCUGGGUCUGGAAACUUGUGAUGCAAGUCCGUGAACAAUAAGUGCUCUGUAAUGCGCCGCCAAGCAUGACAAGUUUUUCUUUUUUCGUGCUUCUGUGAUGCGUAUUUCGCAUGAGAAACUGCGCUUUUGCAUGACAGGCAAGAGGACCUCUUGGUGGCCGCGCAACACAGAGUACAGAGUCAUGCCAGACUAGCAUGACAAUGUUGCAGACCCAGACAUUUUUGCGUUUGAUAUUGCCUCCAUGGCUGCGAUUCCGGAGCAAACUGCUGCCGAGUCCCGCAAGGUGGAAGUCGCGGCCGGUACCACUGUCGCUGUGCCAGCGAAGAAGGACGAAGAAGACUCUGCCACCGAAGCACGUAUAUAUAUAUACAUAACUUUGAUUAUAUGGAGCUUUUGCUUUUUCUAGCAGCAUUGCGUUGAAAAUCUAGCAGCAUUGAUUUUUUAUUUUUACCUAUUUGAGCAUGGCAUGCGAUGCAAACUGAAACUUUGACUUUCGUAAAACCACUGCACAGUGCGCGGCUCCACCAGCGCGGGAUCCAGCAACCCGUCUUCCUCUUCCAGUGCGGGCGCUUCCACCGCGACGGAUGCGUCUUCUUCCGCGGCCGAGACCGAAACCGAGGGCGCCGGCGGCAAGAAGGGCGUGGACCUGAAGGCGUUCAAGAACAUGCUGAAGUCGUUCGCGGACUACAAGGAUCCGGACACCUGGUCGCAGGUGUUGAACCCGAACAACAAGGCCUACAACCCGCAGUUGGCCACCCUGCACAAGGCCAUCCAGUGGGCCACGCAAAAAACCCGCACGCCGAAGGACAAGAAGAAGAAGGAGGAGGAGAAGGCGGCCGCCGAAAAGCAGGCCGCGGGCGAAAACUCCGGCUCCGGCUCCUCCGCCGAGGAGGGGGAAGCUUCGUCCUCCUCCGGCAACAAGAAAAAGUCCGCGACCACCCGCGCCAGCGCCGCGACCGGAACCUCCUCCGGCGCGGAGUCUACGGAUGGCACGGAGCAGCUGCUGAUGGGCAAGUUCGCGCAGCACCUGAUGGCCGCCAAGGGGCUCACCCCGGCGAACAAAGGGGCCGCGAACAAGGGAAACAACGGUAGUUCUGCGGACUACCACUACGGCGCCGCCUUUUUCGGCAAGAACGGCGGCUCCUGGGGGCAGCACGGGAAGCACCACUUCGGGAAGAAUGGCGGUGGUCACCACCCGCAGGGCUACAACUACAACAAGGGCGGCAAGUACUACAACAGUCAGUACAGCCAGUACCAGUACGGCUCGGCCUACCAGCAGCAGCAGGCGAGCAAGGGCUACGGCAAGCAGGGCAAAAUGAACCACUAUUACAACAACCAGUACAACAACCAGGGCAAGUGGGGAAACACCGGCGCGACCAACGGCUACUACAACGCGGCGGGCAAGGACCAGAAUGUCACAGCGUCCUACAACAAGAACGGCCAAACGACUACGACCUACUACCGUGCCGGCUUUGUGGAUGCGCAAGCGGGUGAGGGUCAACAGGCGGGGAACAAUGCGGCUUCCUACCAGAAGGGCGGUGCGGCUUCCGGUAGCCAUUUGCAGUCUACCGCGGCUCCCUUCCACCCCAACAGCGGGGAACAGGGUGGCGCAGCGGCUUCCGGUGCGCCGAGCGAGAUGCUGUCGCCCCUGCCCACGUCGCCGUUCGACAUGGCCGGAAUGCCCCCGUUCGCGCUUCCGCCGAUGGACCCGUGGACCAUGUCCAUGAUGAUGGCGGGUUUGCCCCCGAUGGGCCAGGACCCAGCCGCCUGGGCCGCUGCGGCGCACAGCGCGGCUGCGCCGGGCGGUUCGCCAGCCUGAGCGACUGAAAAAGUAUGAGAAAUGUUGCUGAAUAUUAUGAUGAGCCAGAUCGAUAAUUUAUUAUUUGAUCGGGCGGCGGCUUGUUCUUUCGCGCAGCUUUCUUGUCACUACUGAUCGUCUUCAAGGACGAAGAUGAAACAAUCCAACGUCGAAACCGCACUGGCUGUCUUGACCGGUUGUGUCAAGUGGAGGCUACUGCGGUUGGAAAUAGAAUGGACGAUAGAUUCGAUCGAUCCUUUUUUGCCGAGCACGAAAGGAAUCACACUUUCUGCUUUCUCACGAAAAGCAGAGUAUAACUUUUUUCUAGAUGUUAUCAUAUUCCGCGACAAGCUAGUGGAAGAGGAUAGUACACUACUUGUAGGAAGUAUCGCAAGAAAAAACUGUUUCACUGUAAACUUGUGAUGCAUAAAAUGGAACACAGAAGUGUUUGUCUUGCUACAUAUGCAAGAAAGAGGAUUUUUAGCUGUGUUUUCCCUUAGGAAGCUUGCAUGGCAAAUUUUCUCUGUCAUGUAGAACGAACUUGUGAUGCAAAACCUGCAAAAUCCUUACAGUGAAACAGUUUUUUCGUGGGAUAGGAAGGACGAGGACCGGAUUUUUACGUUUCUGAAAAAGGAAGGACGAAGGCGAAUCGCCCUCGAUGAACACGAAAUGCUUUCUUUAAGGAGUAGAUGAGAUGAAGACUCCAUCGAUUUCAAAAGUAACAGUCUAAGCUUUUCUGUAUUUCACGGCCUUCAUCUAUUUUCUUCCAACUCGCAAUAAGUAAAGCUUAUAUUCACUUCAAUUUGAAAUCAAUCUCACCACAAGCUUCAAACCCCCAUUCACCUUUUUUGAACCGCAUUUCAAAAAACAUAUCAAAUUCACAUAAACUCUCUCCCCUUUGUAUUUGUUCCCACGUUUCCAUCUUCAACAUUGUCUCUCCCCGGACCAUGUUUUCAUAUUGUAAAGAAUUCUUUUCGAUUUUCGCGACCCUUGACGCUCUUUUCUCGGUAGUUGCUCUCUAAUCAAGAAUUACUUUCCUAAAACCCAGCUCUUGUUUUGAAAAGUAACAUACUAAAUCAGUAGCUCCAGAAGUUGUUGAAGACAUACCACGUUUCGCGUGAAAAAAAACCCAAUGUCAUAUCUUGGAAAAUGAAUCUUCAGAAACGAGGGGCGGAUGAUAUCUUGACGGAUAUGCCGCUCGACGUGUCUGCAGAUUGUUAAAAAAACAAAUAUAAAAAAUUGCGCAUUGCUAUGUCUCCUAUGUAAAAAUAAUCGCUACGUAAUUACCUCAGUAAACACGACACGUUGUGUGCCGUUCGUUCCCCGGACGAGCCUGCAACUACCGGAAAUUGAACAAACAUGCCAAGAAAAAGCGGAGAAGUACAGAACCCACAGCUGUCCCCCCGCAAUGCAGAAGUUUCCGAAAGAAAAAAUCGUUUUCGCAAU